AUGGAGUAUCUGGAUUACUUCGACUACAACUUUUUCCUUCGGACACACCCGGAAACAUUUACUCGUCGUUUUCCACCACCCAACAUGCUAAAAUUUACACGUUUAAAUAACUAUCCCCAAUACAAGCGUACUUUAUCAAUCACACAAGAAGAAAACGUUUUAAGGGCUGUUCGCAUUAACACGAAUGAGGUGUUAAAACAAUUUGACAAAUGUGAGUUCAAGACAAACGGAAGGUAUUGGCAGAUAUAUUCGGCGAUAGAGAGGGGGACGGAGCGCGGCACUGAGAAGAGUGUUAUCGUGAAAGUGUCGCGAUACCUUUUCAAAAAUGAGUACGUCAAUGAGAUGGAAAUCGACGGACUGAUUCUCGACAAAGACUUGUUUGCUAAGAACACAAGAAUAUGGUUUAAUGGGAUUCUCCAUGUUGCAGUGAUGGAAGAGUAUGAGUACGACUUAAUGAAUUUCUUAUAUAACAAAGAACCCACAUACGAGCAAAUCACCUUUGUGAUAUCUAACGUUUGUAAAGCACUCAAAAUACUUCACUCAAUGGGAUACGCCCAUUUGAAUGUCACGCCCGACAAUAUUUUGUUAUCACAUGAAGGCUUUGUUCGACUAGGUGGACUCUCGAGAGCAAGACCGUUGUUUCAGAAAAUAACGGAAGAACAAGGGCCACCUUCUGAUUAUAACGAGUUUGAACCCCCUCACCAAGCUCCCGGUAUAACACUUGAUGUCUAUUCCCUUGGUAUCUGUCUGUUUGAAAUGGACUCUGGACUCAAGUGGCCAGAAUAUCACCCUUUUAAGGUCAACCACUAUUUUAUACUCAAUUCAAUGAAAAACAAGGACUUAAGAGAACUGUUCCAACUGAUGACAUACCCGGGACCAGCGAGAUUCUCCCCGGGUGAUAUUCUGCGCAUCAAACCCAUCAGAGAGUGUAAGAUGAAGAACUUUUACAAUGAAUGA